AAGAGAGAAAAAACUUUAUUAGCACCGAGUCGGCGAACAAUGCAUACAACAACUCCAACAACAGGCAAGAAAAUGUUCAACCUCAGCACUAGAGUUUCAAAGCACCGCUCCUCACCGUAAACCUGUGCGAAAUAAAUCCGGAGCAGCGUGGUGCAAUAGAUGAAAUGCAACGUCUGGUGUUGAGUUUAUUUUAAAACGCAUAUGAAUCGCAGUUCACCACGCACAAUGCAAUUCAAAGCUGGGUUUGUGAAGGGACAAUACGGUUGGGUGCUGGAGGGAGCGGCGUACUGCUGGCGUCAAAGCAAAGGCGAGAUGAGAAUCCCACGAAUGUGCUGAAGCAUCUGAUGUUUCUGGACUUGCACUUGACUGAGUUCAGGAGGAUAAGGGCGGGGGGAAGGGGUGGUCCUCAUUGAAACCCACCGAAUCUAAAAGUCGACUGAAAGUGGACGUGUAAAGAAUGUUUCAUUAAUACAAGAAACUAGGAUCCGAGUACAGAGAUAUGCCUUUCGAACUAAGAUCAGGAAUAGUGAUGAAUCUGUGGGAUUCGUUGCUACAGCUGACUGUGGUGGUCAGGUCAAUGGGUGUAUUUAAGGCAGAGAUUGAUUGAUUCUUGAUUGGUAAGGAGUUUAAGGGUUAAGCAGAACAAUGAGACUGAAUAAAAAUCAGCCACGAUUGAAUGCAGCAGCAGCGACAGGCUGAACGGCCUAAUUCUGCUCCAGGAUCUUCUGGUCCUCGUUAACCGCUUAUUUAAAUAAGGAAGGAUGGGACAGGAAGUUCACGCCCACUACCGCUCCAUCCAUUGGUUGACGACUCUCAAUCAUGGCCACUUCCGCUUGGAGCGGAAGAAGAGGAAAAUUCCGCAGAAAGCGGUGCUGCAGUAUCCGCGGCAGGAUCGGCACCGGCGGUGGCGGGGCUAGAUCCCCGGCAGAGCGGUCUCGACCUCCGCUGACUCCCGUCCAUCGGCUGACCAUCAAACCCCAGUAAACCGCGACUUCAGAUCCAAUCGGCUGAAGCGGCGGCGAAGCCCCUUGACGGCCUCGAUAGGGGGCGGCGGACGGGGUGCUUGCGGCCCCGAUGCCCCUGGUACUCACCAUAGUGAAGAGGUGCUACCUGGCGUAGCAGUGGUGGAAGAGCGAGAAGGCUCAGUGGUGGAAGACACCGUACCUCACAGGAGUCUGCAAGCAAUGAAAAAAAUAAACCGCUGAUUGGCAUCUGCAUCCAUAAUGUUGCUGAGAGCAGACCCAGCAGAGGAAGAUUGUCGAUCAAGUGUGGGGCUUAGGACCAGCUGCCUCAGCUGCUGUUUUUAGAAUUAACAACUUACGUUGUCAGCUCGAGAACAAACAGAGGGAGGAAUACAUAGGAAAUGGACAAAAGGACCAUUUCUUGUUAAAAUAACAAGCCACGAAGAAUAGCACAAAGAAUUUGCUGGAUGUUUUUGUGCCCUCCAUCUUUGGGAUUCUGAUGGGGACCAGUGAGGCAGCACUUCGGAUGGAAAACGUUGAGCUGAAGGAGGAGUGGCAAGAUGAUGAUUUUCCCAGACCAAUACCAGAGGAACAAGCGAUGGAUGUUCUCGGACGAUUGCCAGCCCUGGAAAACAGAACUUUGCCUCCUAACACAUUGAAUAUUAAUGGGAAUAAUCCAAAGCGCAAAACUCUUGUUGCCCCAGAAAUUAAUAUCUCCUUGGAUCAGAGUGAGGGCUCCAUCUUGUCUGAUGACUAUCUGGACACACCCGAUGACCUGGACAUUAAUGUAGAUGAUCUGGAGACUCCGGAUGAGACGGACUCCCUGGAAUAUUUGGGAAAUGGAAAUGAGUUGGAAUGGGAAGAUGACACUCCAGUUGCAAGUGCUAAAAAUUCUCCCAGUGGAAAAGGGGGCUCCUUUGAAGAUGGUACAGCAGAGGAUGGUGAAGCCACCAAUGGGAGGCUGUGGAGGACAAUCAUCAUCGGAGAACAGGAGCACAGGAUUGACAUGAAAAUCAUCAGGCCAUAUAUGAGAGUGGUAACACAUGGAGGCUAUUAUGGUGAAGGAUUGAAUGCAAUCAUUGUAUUUGCUGCUUGUUACCUGCCUGAUAGUGGAUGUGCAGACUAUACCUACAUCAUGGAAAACCUCUUCCUGUAUGUGAUCAGCAUCUUGGAGUUGCUAGUUGCUGAAGACUACAUGAUUGUGUACCUGAAUGGGGCUACACCUCGCAGGAGGAUGCCAGGGCUGGGAUGGCUGAAGAAGUGUUAUCAGAUGAUAGACAGGAGGUUAAGGAAGAAUCUAAAGUCAUUAAUAAUCGUUCACCCAUCCUGGUUUAUUAGGACCGUGCUGGCAAUAUCCAGGCCAUUUAUUAGUGUUAAGUUCAUGAGUAAGAUUCAGUAUGCUUACACUCUCUCUGAACUGGAGCAGGUCAUUCCAAUGGAACAGAUGCAGAUCCCAGAGUGUGUCUUACAAUUUGAAGAAGAAAGAAUCAAGGCUAAAAAACCCAGGACAGAAGAUGAUGAAAACACAGCUGAGAAAAACAGAUCUGGAACUGCAGUGGAAGAACAGCAGGAGUGAAGGAAAGUUAACCCUGGCAUCAUUGACUGGAAUUCUAAGAAAAAUGGAUGAAGCUCUUGAUGAGACAGUUGUUUUGAAAGCUAUGACACAGUCACAGGUUAUGAAAUACUGAUUUUCACUCUCUGUCACUGACUCCAGGAUAUGGGCAGCAGAUACUGGGCCAGAAAUCUUUUUUUUGUCAUUAAUCAGGUGAUCCAAACAGUACAUGGGGCUUCGUGGCUCAAAGUGUCAAAUGAAAAAUGUGUAGGUUAAGGUUAAUUCUUUUUCCACAAGAUUUCAUUUUAAAUAAGUCAUUCAGUAUCUUCAUUUUUGCCAACCUCCCCAUAAUCCCCUGAAACACUGUUUGUUGCUGGGCUGUUAGCUCCUAAGGCACCAGUCACUCAGGAACUGCAGCCAUUUUUCACACAUCAUCUUAAAUGGCAAACUUCAGCAUGACCUUCUCCUGAAGGUAUCUCAACACCCGAAUAUCUGAAACUCAUACUUUAUGACAGCUUCAGGAUAAAAUCCACCACUGAUUGAAGGCUCCACGUAUAUUCUUAAUCCACUUACCUUUUAUUAAAAGGAGAGAUUCCCACUUCAGUUGACCUCAAGGAUCACUGCUGUGGAAAAGUUAUUGGUCCAUUUUGGGUUGGAAUUUAGCCAGAUAGGCAUUGUUUCACAACAAUUCACCCAUGACUAUAUGAGAAUAGUUUUGAUACAUUCAUCAGCAUCAUCACCCGAUUACUAAUAUAUUGACAAGACUAUGAUUACCAAGCUGGAUAAUUUUAGGAUUCUGGUGAUGGGAAAAGAUUAAACAGUAAUGAAAAUUAAAUGACCCCUGCUAACCAGGUUGGUGCUAUUUAAUGUGAUCAAGAUAUUUUCAAAUUCAUCCAGGAAGGUCUCGUGAAGUAUUUGCUUCUUUGGGAUAAUGAGGAAGGCUGUGGAUUCACUCCCCGAUUUGUUGAGUUAGCUGAUCUCAGUCAUGGUGACUGCCUUGGUGUGCUACAGUUGACAGCUGUGUUGCUCUGGAGCAGAGUGGCAUGAGGGAGAAUACCUGGUAAAAUGGUCAAGAACAACUGUGACGCCCUCAGUGACCGGGUAACCUGCCAUGACUUGAGGUCAGCGCUCACAAAUGAAGAAGGGGCAGGAAGAAUAAUUGUGGAGAGUAUGGGGACGGCAAUAGAAAUGCUGUUUUACUGGAUCGGUUACGCUGAGAGUGAAAGGCAGAUCGAGUGGAGCAUAACUCACUAUGGAGGCAAAGAAUGAGGCCUGGUUGACAAUCAAAAAGUUUAAAAAUAGCUGUUGGAUGAGUCAGUUCUUGAAAGUAUUUUUUUUUUGUGAAUCUAAUUGUAAUUGUCCUUCAUGGUUAACACAUGUACAGGUUUAAACUGUUUUUGUUACGUUCCUUCAUUGCUAAAGUUUUCACACAGACAGGUUACAUUCUAGCUCUCGAAUAAAUGCUUACUCCCGAACAGCAGUGUGAACAGCUUCCUGUGUAAUCACCAGCUGCAGCAAUGGUGUGUUUGUUCUGGAUUGUAUCAUCUCAAACAUGACACCUUGAUGAUCUUUUGCCUAUUGUCUGUUUCAGGAUUUAUAGAAAACUUGAUCGAGAAAUCUCUUGAUAUUCUUUUUGGAUACACAGAUUCUUCAUUUUAAGUCAUGGCCAUUUCCACAUGCAAUACUAGGGAAUAGAGUGAUUUUCCCCAAAUGGUCAUGUUCUAGUUAUGAGAAAUGGAUAGCUCUAUUGACUCUCUAAGUUCUUGAAUUCCAUUAAGGACUUUGAGACCCACAUUUUAGUAGCAUCUGGGACAUUUUCAUACUGAACACAACUGAAUCUUAGAUCUGAUGCUACAUCCCAGACUUUGAAUCGAGAUCCAAUGUUAGAAGCAGUAUCGAAACGACAACUUAUAGACCAAAUUCGGAGUUCUCCUAUGUAUGACUUUGUAGGAUGGUAGAAAUAAUUUGAGGAACUGCUGUGUGAUGUUCAUAUUAGGCAACAGAGUUAAAAUUCCGAAUAAGGUCAAAAGUGAAUGUGCUAAAGGCUCCCCCCCUCCGCCCACCCCAUACAAAUCCACCUCAUAGCCAUCAGGCAACUUCAUAUUCUGAUUUGAAAUUUAUACUAAAACUCUCUACUUAGGCAAAACAACAUCAAAUUUAUAACUUUGAAAAUUUAAAUGGAAGGUCUAGAACUACACCCACUGAAUAAUCUUAGCUAAUCUGAAUGUUAAAUCCCUUUGCUCUGUGGAUUAGAUACAAUCAAGUUGACAAAACCUGAAAAACUCACUCUUUGGCUAUUACAUUACCUACAUUUUGUCUACAUGAUGUGAGACUGAAUAAAAUUGUUUGUUACAUCAAUGUGCCAUUGGAUUCUAUACUGAGACCAUCACCAACUACCCACUUCCAUCUUUUUAAUAUCACUCCAUCUCAAUAUAUCUAUUGUUAAAUCCUUAAGUUUUUGUAACCUCAAGGCCUAGUUAUUACAGUGUUCCCUUGGCAAUCCUCACUUUUAUAUUCCAUAAACUCUUAGCUCCAUAAAAACACUGCUACCUACAGUGUCUAUAAAAAGUAUUAACCCCACUUGGAAGUGUUCAUGUUUUAUUGGUUUACAACAUUGAAUCACA